AGCUGUUGUCAGUUGUCAUCGGACAGUGAAUAUGACAACGCGUAUAACCUCUAUUGAGCGUAGUAAAUAUUCAAAACAAAGAUUGAAAUAAUCAAUAAUCAUGAUGUUUUUAUAUUUAUUAAGUAUUUUAUCUUUAAUAGUGCAAGCUGUGUUUGUAACACUUGCUAUUGCUGCUGGCCUUUAUUACCUUGCUGAGUUGGUGGAAGAGUACUCAGUGAUGGCCAAAUAUGUAAUAUCUUGGACAGUGGUGGCUACAGCUGUUAUACAUUUAGGUCUCAUAGCGUUUGAAGAGUUUCCUUUAUACCUAAACGGUCUAGGGCUUUUACAACAGUGCUUACAUGGAGUACUGCUCAAGGACUUCCCAGUUUUCCGAUUAACAAGUGUCACAUUCAUAACGGCUGUGCUAAAUUUGAUAUUACACCACUAUCUAGCGUUUAAAUACUUUGGGACAAUGUAUUAUAGUUUUUCUGAGGUACUCGCGUAUUUCACGCUAUGCCUGUGGGUCGUGCCGUUUGGAUUAUUCGUUUCUCUGUCAGCCAAUGACUACGUUCUGCCCACCACAGGGGAGCGACAGCAUCUGUUGGGCGAAAACAACGUGGUCACAGACUAUCUAUCGCAGAAGGCGAAACGUUACAGUCUACUGUCAUUCUUCAGUUUCGCAAAGGAAUCCAUAUUGCCACAGAGAAAUAAGAAAUCGUUUUAAAUAAUUAUUAAAAUAUAUGAUAUAAUGUAAAUAAUUAAUUGAAUUGGUGAAUAAUUUGUAUGGCGACAACGAAUUAAAAAUAGUGUAAUGAUCCACUCUAAUUCAAAAUAAAUUUAUACUAGCUUCACGCCCCGGCUCCGCCCGGUGUAGUUAUUUAUUAUAAUUGAAAUAAUAUAAACUAUCUUUGAAGUUGGAUCAAACUGCACAUGGUGUGCAAACAUCAUUAAAAUCGGUUGAGUAGUUAGGGAGUCCAUCGUGGACAAACAACGUGAUGUAGUUUACAUAUAUCAAAACUAGCUGCGCGGUUUUACUCGCGUAUGUCCGUAUCCCGUAGGAAUAUCGGGAUAAAAAGUUGCCUAUAUGUUAUUCCAGUUGUUCAGCUAUCUACGUACCAAAUUUUAUUGCAAUCGGUUCAGCAGUUUUUUCGUUCACGUAUUUUUAUUUCAUACAACCGAUAAACGGAAACUGAGAGUUAUAAAAUGCAGAAAAAUUCUUGUGAUUUUUGUCUUUUUUUUUUUCAUUUAUACAUAUUGUUAUUUAGUUGAAGGACUUAUUACAAUAAGUUACUGCAAUAACUUACGACUGAUUUUUACUAAUCAUUCGGCCAUUCAAAUCUUGAAGUGUUAUGUAGAUACAAAAAAAGAAAAUCAAAUUUAAAAAAAAAGCUUUGGUUUGUGAUUAGAAUAUAAAUAUUUUUUAUUUGUCACAUGACUUUUGCGGUCUUACGGAUUAUUAUUUUUUUUGUGAUAUUAUAGUUAAGGGCUUAGUAUAGAAAAUAUGUUUUUCUAUGAAAGUUUUUAUUAAUAGUAUCCAGCUGUCUCUCCCAGUAGGGAUUAGUUAAUUUAAUUUAAAAACAACUAAAUGAUACUCUAAUAGUUAUUGUUAGAGUCAUGUAUCAUAUAUGAACUUUUGUUUGUUUGCGUUAUUUUAUAUUUUAUUCUGAAAUUGGUCUGUAGGAAUCAACAAAUUCAUUUUUUUUUUAUUGUGAAUUAGUAACUUUAAACUAAGCUAAAUGAGUUUAAAAAUUGGUGAAGGAAAUAUGACGAUAAAAUCUUAAUUAUUAGAAUUUCACAUUCUGGAUAUUUGCGGACAUUUCAAAAACUAUGAUUGUAUGUAAAUAUUGUACUAACAAGUAUGGAAUAUUGUACUAACAGUACCCAAGUAUGGAAAUAUUGUACUAACAGUCGUUGAUAUGAAGUGACUCAGUGGUUAAGACCUCGGACUUCAAUCGCAAAAGUCGAGGGUUGAAACCGGACGAGCGCUAGCGAAAUAAAUUGAUUUUUCAAUUCACAACACCGCUCGAAACGGUAAAGGAAAUAUCGCGAGAUCGUAAAAUAAAAGGUCGACAUGUGACAUCUGCCAAUCCGCACUUGGCCAGCGUGGUGGAUUAUAACCUGCCUCAUAGGAAGCCUCUGUCCUUGCAGUGGGAAGAAAUAUGACAACUGUUGAUAGAAGAGCUAUAAUAUUUGUAAAAUAUUUCUAUUUAUCAUAUGUAAUAUGAUAAUUUAAACACGACAUUUUAGAUAGGGGAAAAAAUGCUCAUUAAUUAAACAAUAGUGCGUCUAUUCUUGCAUAGCCACCUACUCCAAAUGCAUCAUUUCGUUGGCCAUAUAAAUAAAAUGUGCUGCACUGUAUACUAAUUUUCUAUGAAUUACUUAGCAGCCAUAGCCCAGCUGGUAAUGAUAAAGUGUUUUAUUGCAAUCCAUGGUUUCAUUGGAGUCUAUAUUUUUCUACGGGGUUCAAGUUAUUAUGGCAGGGGGCAACUCGUGUAAUUAAUUGUAUUCACAGUGGACUUCUUUUGUGACGCGGACUCGUUAUUUUAAAAUCUCUCACGAUAUUGUAGGGCUGAAAAAUUGCGAAUUGUACUAAGCCAUUUUCUACGUAUUUUUCGAAACAACACUCAUAAAAAUACAUACACACAACAUUAACUAUGUUUGUUAUGAUACUCAUAUGAGCAAUAUAAUUAUAGUAGAUGUACUAAUAAUAAGCAAUAUUAAAAAAACAUGUACAAUGUAGGUUGUUAAGAUUUUGACGAAUUCCUUAACAUAAGACAAAUUUAAUUUAUUUGUAAAUAUUGUUUAUUUUUAUUUAUGUAGUUUUUUGUAUGAUAUUUCGAAUAAAAGCUUG